UUCCUUAUUUGUGGCCUUAGAUCUCUUUAAAGAGAUCCUGGCCAUAAACGGGCUCCUCUCCAGUUCUAAUGAACUGGAGAGGAUCUGGAUCCUUCUUCCUUCCCCUCAAGCAACCCGCACGCCCGACACCCCCUUCUCCUUCUUCUUCUCGUCUCCCUUCUUCCCGCUCCUUUCUCCCUUUCUCUUCUAUCACACACGCACGCACGUUGUGAUCGUGAGGGAGAGAUCCGACCGUGUGAUCGAACCCGAGCGACUGAGAGGGAGCUGAUUUCCGGCGGGCUAAGCUAGUUUUUCCGGUGAUUUUCAUGGGUUCCGGCCAUGGGAGUUUUGUAAGGCUCGUUUCAUGAUUGGAGACUCCAAUUGGUUCUUCAAUGUUGUGUCCGGGUGACUAGAAUUCAAGUGGAUGUUCAAGUCGUGAGUCCAAUGCAGCAAGGUAAAAGAAUUCUAAGACCAGUGUAGAACUGUAAUUUUGUUUUUGAACAUGGACCAAAAGAGUCAAAGGACCAGUUCUUUAUCUCCUGCAGACCUUCCCAUGAAGCGGAAACGUGGUCGUCCACGUAAGGAUGAAAAUCUGGUGCUGGGGAAGAAGAUCCCUGUGACGCCUGGAUCUGACAGCAUGAGGAAAAACAAAGAAAGUGCAGGUACAAGUGAUGAUGUAAAUCAUGACAUGGUGGGUCAGGUGGUAACCGGUGUCAUUGAAGGUUCAUUUGAUGCUGGGUAUCUUCUUAAUGUUAAGGUAGGCGACACCAAUACUCAAAUGAGGGGUGUUGUAUUUCUUCCGGGGCUGUUCACUCCAAUUACUGCAGCAAAUGAUGUGGCUCCACAUGCUAAGAUGCACACCAGAAAAGAGAUUCCAAUCCCAGUUCUCAACCCACAAACUCAGGUCCAUAAUUCUGUUCCCCUAUCAGGACAAAGUGGCAGGCGACCUAAUGAGCAUAAAAUCCAUGCACCUAAACUUUCGGAUCAACUUAUAUCCUCUGGGAUACAGACUGCAAUGCCAAAUCCACUUGAGAACCAAUCUGCCUCUGUUUUGGUCCCUCCAGCUGCUAACUUGCCAAAGAAUGAUGCAAGUCUUUCCUUGGGAGAAAAUGAAGCGCCACGGCAAACUUUGGAGCCUGGACUUGAGACCCAAUCUGCUUCUAUUAUGUCACUGCCAGAUCAUGAUAAGGUUGUCGAACGAGAUGAGUUGUUGCAGGAAUGUGAAGCUUCCAUGCUGAUUAAAGGGCAUGAUCUUGAUGCAGAGGCAGCUAAAGAAUCGAAGGCAGAACCAGCAUCUGACUCAUUAGUUGUUGAUGCAGUGCCAGGCAUUGAGAUUUUUACUAAAGAGCCUCAAGUUCAACAUCAGGCUGCAAGUCUCAACCUUAACCCGAAUGAAUUGGUUCAUGAUGAAGCAAAGAACCCAAAUCUUGAACUCAACCAAACCCCUGUAUUUGCUGAACCCAAACCCAUGGAAACUGUGAUGGAAGAUCAGGCUUCUCCAAAGGAAGAUAUAGCACAAGCUUCACUGUUGGAGCUUCAUCUUUUAAAUAGAACACCUGCAAGUGAUCCUGCUGACACUACUGAGUUGGGCUUACAUUCUACACUACAGACCAGCCAACUGGCAAUGAUGAACACUGCGAUGGAAGAUCAGGCUUCUCCAAAGGAAAGUAUAGCACAAGCUUCCCUGUUGGAGCUUCAUCUUUUAAAUGGAACGCCUGCAAGUGAAACUACUGACACUACUGAGUUGGGCUCACACUCAACACCACAGACCAGCCAACUGGCAAUGAUGGACACUGUGAUGGAAGAUCAGGCUUCUCCAAAGGAAGAUAUAGCACAAGCUUCAUUGUUGGAGCUUCAUCUUUUAAAUGGAACGCCUGCAAGGGAUCCUGCUGACACUACUGAGUUGGGCUCACACUCUACACUACAGACCAGCCAACUGGCAAUGAUGAACACUGUGAUGGAAGAUCAGGCUUCUCCAAAGGAAGAUAUAGCACAAGCUUCAUUGUUGGAGCUUCAUCUUUUAAAUGGAACGCCUGCAAGGGAUCCUGCUGACACUACUGAGUUGGGCUUACACUCUACACCACAAACCAGCCAACUGGCAAUGAUGGACACUAUGAUGGAAGAUCUAGCUUUUCCAAAGGAAGAUAUAGCACAAGCUUCACUGUUGGAGCUUCAUCUUUUACAUGGAACACCUGCAAGUGAUCCUGCUGACACUACCGAGUUGGGCUCACACUCUACACCAGAGACCAGCCAACUGGCAAUAAAGUCUGAUGGAGAAGUUAUUCCAUCAGAGACCAAGCUUGUUUCAGAGAUGAUUGAGCCCCAGAUCUCUGUUUCUGGAGCCACGAGUGAUAUGGAAUAUAAUGUCAAAGAUGCCAUUCCAUACUCUACACAAUCUUAGAGCCUUACUGUAGGAUCUGAGAGUUGUUCGUGGAAAUUUAACAUAGGAAAGACAUGAUGGUAGAUUCAAGGCUUGAGAAUAAAUAGGUAGUAGUAGUCCCUGGUUAAGAGUAUUAAGUUACACAUAAGAUUAGUCUCUUGUAUCUGACGGCCCUUCGAUGGUUUUGUUUUGUUAUUCUACUUGUGCACUGUUACUUUUGACCUCUUCCAAAUUACUUAUAAAAAAAAAAAAAAUUGAUGUCGAA